AUGCCCGCCCUAGGCCUCCGCCUCCUCCGCCAAGCCCGCACCCACCUCCCCUUCAAACCCCGCCGCCGCUUCUUCUCUAGCGCCCCACCCGAGGCCCCGACUCCGAUCCCAACCCCAACCCCGACACCAACGCCCACCUCCUCCGCCGAGGCCAUCGCCUCCAAGCUCCCCAAGCGCCUCCGCCCCUACGCCUCGCGCUUCAUCAACCGUCCCGUCUCACACAUCACCUCCUUCCUCGUGCUACACGAGCUCACGGCCAUCGUCCCGCUCGGCGGCCUAGUGUGGCUCUUUCACGCGACGAAGUGGACGCCGCCGGGGAUGCCCGGCGAGUGGGUUGCGGCGGGGACGGAGAAGUUUGGGAAUUACGUUAGGAAGAAGGGCUGGGAGAGCUUCAAGGGCGACAAGGGCGGGAGACUGCUGUUUGAGGUUGCGACGGCGUGGGCAGUCGUGAAGGCGCUGCUGCCGCUGCGGAUUGGGUUGAGUUUGUGGGCGACGCCGUGGUUUGCAAGGGUUUUUGUGGUGCCGGUGCUGAGUGUUUUUAGGAGGACGAAGAAGGUGCCGUCGUAG